CCGGUCAAACGUCAAAACGCGCACACUGCGAUUGGCGCGCGCUUGUUGGGUAAUACAUCUAUCGCUUGAUUUUUUUUCAUUAUCUCUCUUUAUUAUGGAAUCUUCGUUUGUUCUUAUUGUUCAUGUUCUUCGAUGACUGUUUUGUUUUUAUUUGAAACAUUUUUUUUUUUGCAUCACUGUAACAUCGGUAAUGUUAUUCUGUGCAUAAUUUUCAACAAUGAGUGACUCCGAAAACAGCAAUAUUUCGGAUGAAAUACAAGAUUUAGAUAAUGUAUUGGCAAGUAUAUCGACACAUUCUAUUAAUUUGGAUAAAUCGUUGAUUGAUGAAACAACCGAUGAAUUGUCUCAAUUCGACGUAAAUAUCAUCAAGUCGGAGAAACCUGGAGAAAUCAAGAUUGAUGAUAAACUUCAAGAAGUUUUGGCUUUAAAUAGAGUAUUGAUCGAACAAUUAACAAUUAAACGUAACGAAAUAAGUGAAAUCUUAAUAACUUGCGAAGAGAAUUUAUUGCAAUUAGAUGAAUUGAUAGAAAACCAUGAAGUAACUCAAGAGAAAGAAACGAAAUUGAAUAUGUCUAUCAUUGGCAUGCCCUAUUUUAAAGAUAAAGAUUUCUUUUUUGCUCCCCCUAAUCAAGAUGCUAAACUUAAAGUAGCACGCGGAGAACUUCAAAUAGCUACUUUCCAAAAAGGUUGCUCAUGGACUUGGAGAGAUAGGAAAAAAAUGUCAGAAAAUGUAUACAGUGAACUUAUAAUGUCUGUAUUAGAUCCUACAAAUGCAGAGUCAGAAGGUUCUGAAACAGAGGAUUCUGACUUACCUGAUAAUAAAUUUACAAAAAUGUUGAAAGCAAAGGACAUCAAUGAGAUUAUUGGCCCACCAGGAAAAAAACAAUUUGACUGGCUUAAAAUUGCAUUGAACCAUACCGAUCAAAGACACAGUGCUGACGAGUGUUCAGUCAUGUGGAAUAUUCUUCUACAUCCUGAUAUUAAUAAAAGCAAAUGGACACACGCAGAGGAAAUGAAAUUGAAGACAAUUGUUAAACAUUUUAACUAUGAAGAUUGGGAUAAUAUUGCUGCAGAAUUGAACACUAAACGCAGCGGAUAUCAAUGUUUCGUUAAGUAUACUUCAAUGGAAUAUCUGCUAAAUCUAACAGAACGACCAUGGACGAAGGAAGAAGAUAAAAAAUUAUGUGAAGUUGUUACCAAAUGCAAAAUAGGUAAUUUUAUAUCUUGGGGACAGGUAGCGAGUUACAUGACUUAUAGACUUAAACCAAAUGUUUACUUUCGAUGGGUGUUUAAGUUAGCUCCGCACUUGAAAAAGGGUAGGUUUUCUAAAAAGGAAUCAGAAAUUUUAUUGAAAGGUGUUCAUAAAUAUGGAACUAAUUUUUCUCUCAUUGCGACACAAUUAUUACCUUGUAGAAGUACCACACAAUUGAUGGAACAUUAUCAAACUUUAAAAGGUGCUACUGAAUUUACUAAUAAUUGGUCGCUUGUUGCUGAUAUGAAACUUGUAAAAUUGUAUAAGAAAUUGGGUCCUAACUGGGCAGAAAUAGCUAAAGAAUUUAAAUAUAAGAAUAGAACACAAUUGAGACAUCGAUAUAAUGCUUUGUUUAAGUACGCGAAUAAAGGUAUAACGAUAUUUGAAAUACCUAGAUCUCGAACUUUGACAUCAAUAGAACAAAAUGAGGAGUUUAGCGACGAAGAUUAUUUCAUUAAUGAUUUUUCAAAGACUGAUAUUGAAGAUAAAAUAGAUGACUUAUUGCUAGAGCACUUUCAGAAUACAGAUAGCGAAAAUGAAACUUCCAUGGAUGAAAAUGAAUCUUCCAUGGAUGAAAAUGAUGAUUAUGAUCCCGAUGAACUUUUCCAAGACACCAAAGAAUUAUAUUCCAUUUUAGAAACUUUACAAGUAAAUAUGCAAAUUCCAGAUAAUUUUGAUUUUUUUCCAUUAUCUAAAAAAGAUAAGAAAUUAUUGUAUUCCCUGAAAGCAUACAUAAAGUCUAAGUUUAAUAAACCAUAUGAUAGCGAAGAAAUACAAGCUUACAUGUUAAAAAUGUUCGGUCCACAAAAAGUAGAAGAACCUAAAGAACAUUUUAUACCAAUUCCUUUUCAAAGUAACUUAAAUAAUAAAAGGAGGAAAUUUAAACAAAUGAGAGAUAUAUAUUAUAAUUUAAAUUUAAAUAGAAAUUUUGUUUUGGAUGUACCAAUGGAAUUUGAUACACCUGAAUCAAUCAUUAAUCUCAUAGGUGGUUCAGAAGAACAACUACAAUUUGAUAAAAUUAUUGCUUUAUAUUGUGCCGAAAAUAAUAAAUUUAGAAAUUUGGACAAAAAAUGGAAGAAUAGUAAAUCUAUUAAUUUAUGUAUAAAAUCUAAUCCUAACAAAAAUAAUAAUCUUCCCUACAGUUGCAAAAUCGAAUCUUCUAAUCCGACUGCAAAUUAUCAAUUAAAAUUGAUACAACCAAAGAAUACUAAUAAAAGUAAUUCUUCAGGGUAUCAAAGUGAUGUAUCGAUUGAUAAAUUUUUCGAUGAAUAUCAUCUUUGGACGUCAUCUAAAAAUUCUUACAAAACAGUAGUCAAAAAAUUAUAUGAGGAGCCGGUUGUAGCAAUAGAACCAAAUUACAUAACUUUAUUAAUUUAUAGUAAUUUAUUAAAAUCGAAGGCUAUAUCCGAUAUCGAAAAAAUGCUUAAAAUUAACUUGGAUAAUGAAACUAUUAGCAAAGAUUACAAGUCAGAAGAUGCAUAUAAACUGUUAAGGAAACGACUUAUACAAUUAUUUAAAUAUCCGAUAUUAAUGUCUCAUUUGCCGUUAAAAGAAUUGAAAACUUCACAAGAAUUGAAAACUUUACAAGAAUUGCAAACUUCACAAGAAUUAAAAACUUCACAAGAAUUAAAAAAAUCACAACAAUUGUCUUCUGAUACAUUAAGCAAUGUUAAAUCUAAUAAAAGAAAAAAUAUUCAACAAAGAAAUUUGAAAAGAAAAAAACUAAAAGUUAGAAAAACUCAUCUAAUUAAAUUUAUUGGCGAUAAUGACAGUGAAUCUUCCUUGAGUACAGAAAGGUCUUGAAAUUGUUUAAUUUGAAGAAAAUU